AUAAAAUCAAAUAUUUAUUUUUGUCAUUUACUAUAAAUUUGCUGCACUUAUUAUUUCUAAUGGUAACGUAAUGUUAUCGAACAGACCUUUUGAUAAAUUUAUUUGUGCUUAUAAAUAUAUUAAAAAUGAAGUUUUCCUUUUUAUAUAGUUGAACUACAGCAAAUCGACGAUAUAAAAAUUCUUAGUAAUCGUUAUUCAAAACAUAGAGGUUAUCUUUUAAUAUCGGCACGUCGCACACUUUCGUUAUUGUUGUUAUCAAAAUGUUUACAGACCGCAUCAAUUAAUGCAUAUUAAAUAUUAUAAACAUUAUCUGGUAAAUGUUUAUAUUGUAUUCAAUUGAUGCAAUUACACGAACAUGUACUCUAAUUGUCUACUUUUAAAGCUCUAAUUUGCAAGAUCUGAAUUUUUCCAAGAACAAUAAAAUGAACCACAAGAAACGUGCCUAAACCUAGUGUUAAUAAAAAUUAAUUGCGUGUGUGCAUUUAAAUUUUAAUAAAUAAAACCGUUAACAAGAGAAAUAUAAACUAUUAAGUUUGCAUACAAUCACAACGACUGUGCUCGAACAUUUCAACUGAAUUUUCCUUUCCUUACUUUUCUCUUGACAAUAUCAUGUAGUUUUUUGGCAAAUUUAUACUUUUUUCUUUAAUCUAUUAUCCGUUAAAGAUGAAUGAGUGUAAAAAUGGAAUAAAAAGAGGAACUACUAUUUUAACCGCUAAACCGUUUGCUUACGUUCUUAAUUCAAAACAUAAAACUAGUCGAUGCGAUUAUUGUCUAAAAAGUGGAAAAGUUUCAAAAUGUUCUGCUUGUCAUUGUGUUUAUUAUUGCAAUCGUUUCUGUCAACAAGAUGCAUGGUCCAUACAUAAAACAGAAUGUGCAAAACUGAAAAAGGUUUCACCAAAGGUUGUGCCAGAUAUGGCAAGACUUAUGACUCGUAUAAUCAUAAAAUUGAAUCAAGGUAAAAGCGAGGAAAUGGGAUAUUACAGUGACACAAGUUUUAGAAAAUUUAAGGAUUUAAUGUCACAUUACAGUGAUAUAAAGAAAGAUGAAAAAAGAAUAGAACACUUCAUUUGUCUAUGCAAAAUUCUGAAUGAAUUAUUUGAAGAUACACCUAUGCCAAGUAAUGUGGAGUUAAUGGCUAUUUAUGGCAGAAUUUGUAUUAAUUCAUUUAAUAUAUUCGAUCUGGACAUGAAUAGUAUUGGCAUUGGCAUUUAUUUAGGACCUUCUAUUAUUGACCAUAGUUGUGUACCAAAUGCUGUAGCUACUUUUGAAGGACCUAAUAUAAUUAUUAGAACAAUAGAAUACCUUCCUUGUUUGGAUUGGUCUCAAAUAAGAAUAUCAUAUAUUGAUGUUCUUAAAACAACAAAGGAUAGACGUGCAGAACUACAAAGUUCAUAUUAUUUUUGGUGUAACUGCAAAAGAUGUGAACAACCAGAACUAACAACUACAGCUGCAAUGUGUCCAAACAAGUCUUGCAUGUAUCCUUGCUCUAGUGAUACAGACUCAUGUGAAAAGUGUAAGACACGAUUUCCAGAUAAAUUUAAAGAAACAUUUGACGAGAUAUCUGAUUUCACUGCUUAUCAUUUACAAAGUAUGAAGGAUAUGGCUUAUCUGGAUGUAAGCAAGGUGUGCCUUGAAAAGCAAGAGGGUGUUUUACACCCACUUAACAUACAGCAUGUACAAACUUUGCAAAGUGCUUUUGACUCUGCUAUAAGUUUACAGCACUGGGAGGAAGUAGAAUCUUAUGCGAAAAGACUUAUUAAUGGCUAUUUAACAUACUAUGGUGAAGUUCAUCCAUUAACUGGAAUAUUGUAUCUUAUGAUGGGAAAGAUUCAGUUAUACUUAGAGAAACCAAAACAAGCUCUGGAAGCUUUAAAAAGAGCUAAGUCCAUAUUACUAAUAACACACGGAGAAAAACAUACUUUGGUUCGAGAAAAUUUAAAGCCCCUACUUCAUCAAGCCAUUAUGGAAGAAUCAAAUGUUAAAAUAUAAGUUGAUAAAUAAUAAUUGUGAU